AUGGAAGUUCUAUGCUGUUGUCCUUUCAGCAAUUCUGCGACUUCAAAUACCACCUCGGAGGAUGGCAGAAAUGCAAAGCCACAAGGAUUGACAAUCCACAACACAAAUGACGGCCCUGAAGUUGGAGUGUUCACUCAUGAAGCGAGGUCUUUACCUCUCCCGGCGGCGAUCGCUGCUCAGCAGAAUGUACAAAAUGCAUGUCGUGGUUUUGCAAGUUCAUGCGCUGGUAGAGAAAAAGAGGGGCUUUGCAAGAAUGAAGCUCCACAUUCCGCGGAGAUUCACAUAGUGCAAUUUGAUUAUAUGGCCAGGGGCCCUGAGGAGCUGAGUGUGAAAAAAGGAGAGCGCCUGGAAAUCAUCAGCAAAGCAGGGGACUGGUGGCUCGCUCAGAAAGUUUGGAAAGGUCCAUACAAACAAAAAAAACCCUGCUCUGGGUUCGUGCCUGUCGAAAUACUCGCAAAAGAGAAGAGCUUGGAGGGAGAACCCUGGUACUUUGGAAAAAUGACCAGGUUUGAAGCAGAAAACCAUCUCCUUUCUUCCAAGCAAUUUGUUGACAUGUUUCUUGUCCGGAAAAGUGAGACCAUUCAGGGCUCAUAUGUAUUGUCAGCUAAAAAUGGAGAAUCAAUCAUUCAUAUUGUGAUUUUACAAAAAGAGAAUGGUCGAUAUUACGUAACAGAAGAUACAGAUUUUGGCAGCAUUCAUGAGCUGAUUGAACAUUAUAAACGUUAUAUAAUACAAUGUAAUACUAGGUUAAACAGACCCAGCAAAAAAAAAAAGCCAUCUCUUCGUCACUUAUCAUACAACACAGUGGACAAAUGGGAAAGACCAAAAGAAGAAUUCACUUUGGUAAAGUGCAUAGGAUCUGGUAAUUAUGGAGAAGUGUGGAAAGCCAUCUGGAAUGACAAUGUACCUGUUGCAAUUAAAAUGCUGAAAGAAAAAGUUAAAGACUCCAGCAAUUUUCUGAAAGAAGCACAAAUUAUGAAGAACUUCCAACAUGAGAAUCUGAUUCCUCUCUAUGCUGUAUGCACCAGAAAGCAACCUUUCUUCAUUGUCACUGAAUUGAUGAUACAUGGAGAUCUUUUGAAUUAUUUAAGGGAAUCUGAAGGCUGUUUUACAAUUGCGCAAUUAAUUGAAAUGGCAAUUCAGAUUGCUGCUGGAAUGUUGUACCUUGAAUCCAAACAAUAUAUUCAUCGGGACUUAGCAGCAAGAAAUGUUCUUGUGGGAGACAGUAUUGUUUGCAAAAUUUCAGACUUUGGACUUACUAGAUUGCUUCAGGAUGCCACAAUUGGUAGCAUACCUGAUGGUCAACUUCCUGUUAAGUGGACUGCUCCAGAAGUAGCAAGCAUGAAUCAGACUUCGAUGAAAUCUGAUGUCUGGUCGUUUGGUAUUGUUCUGUUUGAGAUUAUCACAAAUGGGAAGAUACCUUAUCCUGGAAUGACAAAUAAAGUGGUCUUAUCUGAACUACUACAAGGCUACAGGAUGCCAUGUCCUAAUGGCUGUCCACAACCCAUUUAUAACAUUAUGAGACAAUGCUGGAAUGAAAUUCCAUCUCAAAGACCAUCAUUUAGAACACUGAAACUACAGUUGGAAGAGUUCAUCAUAACCAAUUACCAUCCUCUCUAUUAACCAUCUUCAAAAUGGAAGAAAUAUUUAUUUAAAG